AUGGCACAAGAUAAAAGGAAGUCAGGUGACCAUAGGAGGGAUUUACGGAAUAGGAAGUCAGGUGACCAUAGGAGGGAUUUACGGAAUAGGAAGUCAGGUGACCAUAGGAGGGAUUUACGGAAUAGGAAGUCAGGUGACCAUAGGAGGGAUUUACGGAAUAGGAAGUCAGGUGACCAUAGGAGGGAUUUACGGAAUAGGAAGUCAGGUGACCAUAGGAGGGAUUUACGGAAUAGGAAGUCGGGUGACCAUAGGAGGGAUUUACGGAAUAGGAAGUCAGGUGACCAUAGGAGGGAUUUACGGAAUAGGAAGUCGGGUGACCAUAGGAGGGAUUUACGGAAUAGGAAGUCGGGUGACCAUAGGAGGGAUUUACGGAAUAGGAAGUCAUGUGACCAUAGGAGGUAUUUACGGAAUAGGAAGUCAGGUGACCAUAGGAGGGAUUUACGGAAUAGGAAGUCAGGUGACCAUAGGAGGGAUUUACGGAAUAGGAAGUCAGGUGACCAUAGGAGGGAUUUACGGAAUAGGAAGUCAGGUGACCAUAGGAGGGAUUUACGGAAUAGGAAGUCAGGUGACCAUAGGAGGUAUUUACGGAAUAGGAAGUCAGGUGACCAUAGGAGGGAUUUACGGAAUAGGAAGUCAGGUGACCAUAGGAGGGAUUUACGGAAUAGGAAGUCAGGUGACCAUAGGAGGGAUUUACGGAAUAGGAAGUCAGGUGACCAUAGGAGUGAUUUACGGAAUAGGAAGUCAGGUGACCAUAGGAGGGAUUUACGGAAUAGGAAGUCAGGUGACCAUAGGAGGGAUUUACGGAAUAGGAAGUCAGGUGACCAUAGGAGUGAUUUACGGAAUAGGAAGUCAGGUGACCAUAGGAGGGAUUUACGGAAUAGGAAGUCAGGUGACCAUAGGAGGGAUUUACGGAAUAGGAAGUCAGGUGACCAUAGGAGGGAUUUACGGAAUAGGAAUUUUAUGGACAGUCAAACAGAUAAUGUGAAUUGA